ACCAGUAUUUGCCCGGGAGAAGACGGAACAACAGGUUAUCUAUAGAGUCGUCCAUAAGAUAAUAUUGUUGAUUGAAGCUGUUGCAAGUGUCUUUCGUUUGAACUUCAAUAAAAAAGAAAAAAACAUGAAGUGCACGAUUCCCGAGAUAUCUUGGCAUAAUCGUGGCCCAGUACUUAGUGUUGAUUUGCAGGCUGGCUGUUGGAAAAAUUCCUCAGGUGAAACCUUUUGGAGGCUGGCAUCCGGUGGUACUGAUUCUCAUGUUUUGAUUUGGCAUGUCACAGUAAAUGAAGCUGGUGAAUCUACAGUGUCCUGCGUGUCAGACUUGGAGAGGCAUCAAAAAACAGUGAAUGUGGUUCGUUUCUCUCCUUCAGGAGAGAUAUUAGCUUCUGGUGAUGAUGAAUCAAUAAUAGUACUUUGGAAGCAACAAGAAACUUCAGAGAUUCUAAUCAUUUCUGGAGAUGACAUUGUGAAUAAAGAACGUUGGAAUUCAUUAAAAGUAUUGAGAGGACAUAUAGAAGAUGUCUAUGAUUUAAGUUGGUCUCCUAACUCAGGUUUUAUAGCUUCUGCAUCUUUGGAUAAUACAGUGAUUUUAUGGAAUGUUGAAAAAGGCAAGAAGAUUGCUAUGUGUAGUGAUUACAACAAAGGAUUUCCUCAAGGAGUUGCUUGGGAUCCUGUCAGCAAAUAUGUUGCUUCUUUGAGUUCUGAUAGAAUUUGCAGAUUAAUAGAUGUAAAUUUAAAGAAAACUGUUCAGCGUGUCAGCAAAUCCAGGAUUCCUACUCCUGCUGGACAUGCUUUAGAGGGAAGGGUUGUUAGGCUGUUUUAUGAUGACACAUUCAAAUCUUAUUUUAGAAGACUAACAUUCACACCUGAUGGUUCACUAAUCAUUGCUCCAUCAGGUAUCAUUGAACCACAAGAAUCAACAGAAAAGGUUUCAAAUGGUACAAUAGUAUUUUCAAGGCAUAGUUUGAAAGAACCUGUAGCCAUUCUUCCUUCUUAUGAAGAAGUAACAAACGCUGCAAGAUGUUGUCCUGUAUAUUUCAAGUUGAGAAACGAUGGACCUAUGCCUAUGAUUGACUUGCCUUACAGAAUGGUAUUUGCAGUUGCGACUGACAACUCGGUUAUUGUAUACGAUACACAACAGACGUCGCCUAUCGCUAUCAUUUCAAAUAUUCAUUACACCAGACUGACUGAUAUCACCUGGUCAUCAGAUGGCAGAUUGUUAGUUGCUUCAUCGUCUGAUGGGUACUGUUCAAUCAUCCAUUUCCAAGUUGGUGAAUUGGGAGAAAUAUAUGAGAUGGCUCCUAAAGAAGUAGCGACUAAAAAAUCUGACGUUGAAGAUAUAAAAGAAAAAUUAAAAUCAACGUCGACACCAUUUAUUGAACUUGAUGCAAAUGCUGUUGAUAUGUACAUUUUACAGAAAAAUUCUGAAAGUAUUCAGAAAGACGAAACAAAACCUGCUACAUCGAAAGAAAAUUCUGAUAAAGUGGAAGUGGAUGAUCGUGCGAAAGUUGAAAAUAAACCAACAAGAAAAUUAAAUACUUUGGAAGGUGAAAUUCGCAAAAAUUCUUCAAAUUUCGACGAAACGGAAGAUUUUCAAUUAAUCUUGGAAGAUACGAUAGCCGAAAGCGAAAAACCCAAUGUGAAAACAACUCCUUCAAAGAAUGAAAAAACAUCGACAACAGUUUUGGCUCGAACGCCACGACGAGUACAACUGAUCACUUUAUCAAGUCCAAGACGAGCGAAGCCGAGUGAAUAA